GACAAGCCACUUACUCCUGUAAGCCAAGACCAUGUGGCUGCAGUACUACCUGAAGACCGCAGACCCCGAGGAAAGCCCGUGCAGCCAGAAGUGGCUGCUCGAGUUCCUGGACCAAAUUCACGCCAUUGAAAAUUGCCUGGCCUUGCAGAACAUCCAGGUGGUCUACUUUACAUCACUUUCUAGGAAAAUUGAAUUUGAGGCGAGUGCUAGGACAGUGGUCCCUUUCUUUUACACGGCAUACCUUCUGAUCAUAUUAUCUGCAAUCAUAUCAUGCUACAGAAGACAGCUGCUUUUGGAAUUUGUGGAAUUUGCACAAUGUCAAAGGAUGCAUCAGAGAGAGAUCAACAUGGCAGAGGAGAAAUGCUGUAAGUCCUCCAAUAAAAAAAAAAAAGUUAAUAGGGAGGAAAAAUGGCAGAUCCCUGCGAGAACUGGGAAGCGGAAGAUAAAUGGGUGACUCUGGCAAACUUCACCAAGAAGAAAGUUGCCAUAAGAGGACAAGAAGGGAGGAAAGCUCAGAAACUGGCUACCCUCCCCCACCCACAAAGUCAGCACUCUCUGUCCAACAGAAAGGAGGAAAACAAACAAACAAGCAAAAACAACCAACAAGAACAAACAACACAUCAAGCGGGACUGUGAGUGGAAAGGAACUAUUUCAGGCAUUUCACCCUGUGAACUGGAACUGUGGAAAACUGGGCAGGAAUC